AUGUCAGCAGUCGUUGUCCGAGCAAAGCAGGGCUUCGAGAAAAAAGGCCUCCGAGCAAAGCAAGGCUUCGAGAAAAACAGGCCUCCGAGCAAAGCAAGGCUUCGAGAAAAACAGGCCUCCGAGCAAAGCAAGGCUUCGAGAAAAACAGGCCUCCGAGCGAAGCAGUGCUUCGAGAAAAACAGGCCUCCGAGCAAAGCAGGGCUUCGAGAAAACAGCCCUCCGAGCAAAGCAGGGCUUCGAGAAAAACAGCCCUCCGAGCAAAGCAGGGCUUCGAGAAAAAAGGCCUCCGAGCAAAGCAGGGCUUCGAUAAAAACAGUCCUCAGAGCAAAGCAAGGCUUCGAGAAAAAUAGGCGUCCGAGCAAAGCAGGGCUUCGAGAAAAAACAGGCCUCCGAGAGAAGCAGGGCUUCGAGAAAAACAGGCCUCCGAGAGAAGCAGUGCUUCGAGAAAAACAGGCCUCCGAGCGAAGCAGGGCUUCGAGAAGAACAGGCCUCCGAGCGAAGCAGGGCUUCGAGAAAAAACAGGCCUCCGAGCAAAGCAGGACUUCGAGAAAAACAGUCCUCCGAGCAAAGCAAGGCUUCGAGAAAAUAGGCGUCCGAGCAAAGCAGGGCUUCGAGAAAAACAGGCAUCCAAGCGAAGCACGGCUUCGAGAAAAAACAGGCCUCCGAGCAAAGCAGGGCUUCGAGAAAUAUAGACACGUUGAAAGGAUGAAAGAUGGGAAAAAGAAAAAAAGAAGAUCUUGUUUGGUCAAACUGAGGAUGUUUCAUGUUUUAUUUUGA